UCGCGCCGCCGCACUGUCAGCGCUCGCAGGGGUGGAUUCUCUCGACUUUUGGUUGGGAGAGAGGAUGCCGCCUGCAAGUAGGCAACAGUCGCGCGGUUGUCGGAAAGGAAGCACAUUUGCAGCUCGGCGUUUGCACAAGUCACAAAAAUGCAAAUCCAGAGCAACCUCCAGAGCGUCAACUCGAUCUUUGGUUGCAACGCGUCCGGCCACAGCGGCAUCAACCAGCUGGGCGGCGUCUACGUCAACGGGCGCCCCCUGCCGGACUCGACGCGCCAGAAGAUCGUCGAGCUGGCCCACUCCGGCGCGCGCCCUUGCGACAUCUCGCGCAUCCUGCAGGUCUCGAACGGGUGCGUCAGCAAGAUCCUCGGCCGGUACUACGAGACCGGGUCGAUCAAGCCGCGCGCCAUCGGCGGAAGCAAGCCGCGGGUGGCCACGUCUUCGGUCGUCAACAAGAUCUCCGAGUACAAGGCCGAGUGUCCGUCGAUCUUUGCCUGGGAGAUCCGCGACCGGCUGCUGUCCGAGGGCGUCUGCAACAAUGACAACAUACCAAGCGUUUCAUCGAUCAACCGGGUGCUCCGGAAUUUGGCCUCGAACAAGGAAACUUCCUCCCAAAGCAAUGAGACCGUUUACGAGAAGAUCAAGCUGUUCAACAACACCAGCGGCCACUGGACCUGGUGCCAGAACAUCGGCGGCGGUCAAUUCAACUUUUCCUCACAUCCAAUCUCCCAUCUGUCGCUGAAGAGCCCGACGGACCCAUCCCAGCAACAACAACAGCAAGCAUCGCAACAACAAUCCAAACCUGAUGACAUGAGCGACAAGUACUCAUCGGAAGACGACGAGGACUCCGAGCUGCGGCUGAAGCUGAAGCGCAAACUGCAACGCAACCGAACAUCCUUCACCAACGAGCAAAUCGAGAACCUGGAAAGAGCAGAAUUCGAGCGGACCCACUAUCCGGACGUGUUUGCGCGCGAGCGGCUCUCCGAGCGGAUCCAGCUGCCGGAAGCGAGGAUACAGGUAACGACGCCGGCGGAAGGCGCGACGCGGUCCGACGGUCGCGGAGUGGUAAGAUUGGCUGGGUUGUUGACCGCGGGACCGCGCCCGGAGGUAACUUGGCAAAUUUCGAUAUGGUAUCAAAUAUUUUACUCUGGCAAACUGGCACAUUUAUGACAAUAUAAUUUUAUUGUAUGACAUUUUCUAUGAGAAGACAGCAUAUUUUUUUCUUCCUUAAAUUUAGUAGGUUUAGGUUCGGAGACCGCACGAUGCCGUUACAACCCUGGACUGGAUGGAUUGACUGGACCAAUUUCACAUCCCUGUGCCUCAAAGAAAUAAAAUAUUGUAAUUCUACUA